AAUUCUGUGAAAGCAAUUCUCUAAUUAAAUUAAUUACACUGUGCAAUUCCAUUGUUUGCGUAUUAUUUAUCAUCAUAAAUAAUUGUUUCAUAAAAUAAAUAUUACAGAAACAAAAGUCACCUUUAGAAACUCGAUGUAGUUUUAUUUAAUAAAUUACAAAGAUGAAUUUCGAAAACGUCGGUGCUUUAAUCCGAGAUUGUAAUGGAACAAAGUUACGGCAUGAUCAGGCGUGUUUGGAACUGAUUACUAAUGAAAAAAUAAGCUUUUGGAGUCAAUCUGAGGAAUGUCAGGGGUGUAUUUUGUUAGAGACGCAUAAACUGCCGUCAACGGGCGCCGUUGUGCUUCAAACCUUAAGCCGUUUGCGGUACGCUAUAAAGAAUGAGCUUGGAGUAAUUUGCAAUGGAUCAUACUUAUUCGGCGAGUAUGGACAAUAUAACAUAAAUGUCAGCGACGUGAAGACAGAUGAAUGUCUGCCUCGGAUGACAGCGGAGCCGGAUGCAGCCUCGCUGCCUAUACUCAGCGCAGUGCUCAUUCUCUUGUCUAUGGCCACGCUAUGGUACAUCGUAAAGGGUAUAGGCAAGAGGAUCAUCGCUGGCCGGUUUUAUGCUCGAUAUUUUGCAAGGGAAGAUAACGAGCUCGGUUCUGAGACCCGGGUGCUGACGACGGAGUCCAGUAUACCACGGUCACCAACCAGAUCCAGACUUCGAUCGCUUGACAUCUUCCGCGGCAUUGCUAUAGCUCUUAUGAUAUUCGUGAACGCCGGUGGCGGUGGUUACGCGGUGUUCAGUCAUAGCGCGUGGAACGGCCUCACCGUGGCGGAUGUGGUAUUCCCGUGGUUCGCAUUCGCUAUGGGAGAAUCUCUCGUCCUCUCACUCAACGCACGCUUGAGGACCUCUAUGCCGAGGAGUACUGCUUUCUAUCAGAUCGUCCGCCGGUCCAUGGCCCUCGCUAUCCUGGGCAUUGUGCUGGGAUCACAGAACGUGUCCUGGUCCAACCUGCGCCUACCGGGCGUGCUGCAACGUCUCGCCGCUAUGUACCUCGUCGUGGGUGCUCUCGAGUGCGUCUUCAUGCGGACCAGUCAGAACAUCACGCCAGGACGAUCCUUGUUUCGCGAUAUAACUGCCGGCUGGCAACAGUGGCUAGGUACCAUCGCACUCGUUGUCACACAGGUAUGUAUAACACUAGCGGUCCCCGCGCCCGACUGUCCCCGCGGAUACAUGGGCCCCGGGGGACUGCACAUGUCCACACAAGGGAACUACCUCGAGAACUGUACGGGUGGCAUCGCUGGCUAUAUUGACAGACUAAUCCUGGGAGAGUCACACAUGUACCAACACGGGGUGUUCCGUAAGGUCUACCGGACCCCUCUGCCGCAUGACCCUGAAGGUAUCCUGGGGAUCCUGUCCGGCGUGCUGGUGGUCCAGGCAGGAGCUCACGCCACCAGGAUCAUGUUGGCCUACAAUCAUGCUAGGGCUCGUAUAAUGCGCUGGGUGUUCUGGUCCAUAAUGUUUGGCGUCAUCGGCGGUGCUCUAUGUCUAUUCACGAAAAAUGGCGGACCCAUACCCAUAAACAAGAAUCUAUGGUCAGUGUCGUUCUGCCUCGUCACAUCCGCGAUGGCGUUCUUAAUUCAAGCGAUCCUGUACUUUGUGGUUGAUUUGAAGAACAAAUGGGGUGGUCGACCACUAUACUAUGCAGGUCAAAAUGCCCUAUUCCUAUACGUGGGUAGUGAACUCCUUAGAGACCAUUUCCCCUUCAAAUGGUACAUCCCGGCGCCAACGCAUCAACAGUUACUGGCCACGCACGCUGCCGCCAUGCUGAUCUGGCUUGCAGUCGGCGUAGCGCUGCACAGGAAACGUAUCUUUAUAACGUUGUAAUACAGUAUAUAUUGGCUCGGCAAUAUGAGUAUAUAACAAACAUAUAUCAGAUAUAUGGUAGAAUGACGAAAAUGUAAUCAGUUGUGUUUGAUGCCAAAUUAAUAGUUUGUACUGUCCUAAUAUUGACUGCAAAUGUAUUAUUGAUUAUUAUUAAUUGAUUAUCUAUACAUAUAAAUAAAAUUGAAGUGUCUGUUUGUAAUACUGAAAUAACCGUUUUUUACUACAUGCAUAUGAUAUGAUGAAAAAUUGUAAAUAACAUUUUUUACAAUUUUUGUCUGUCUGUCUGUCUGUUUGUUCCGGCUAAUCUCAAAAUGGCUGGACUUAUUUUGACGGGACUUUUUUGGCAGAUAGCUGAUUUUUUUUAUAUGUAUGUAAUAAGGAGUAACUUAGGGUACUUUUGUUUUAGAUUUUUUUUUCUGAAAAAUAAAAUUAUAUUCCAUGCGGACGAAGUUGCGAGUACAUACAGCUAGUUAAUAAUAAAUUUAUCGUUCAAUGUUUUAUGAAUGCAUUAAACGUUUUAUAAAACUAUUUUAGCUUACUUAUAAUAAAAAGUUUUAUUUAUAAAUCUAUGGGUUGAUGAACUAACCAUUUACUGAUUUUUAUGUGAAGAUUAUAUAAUUUUGUGCUUUAUGUUAAGCACAGAGAAACUAAAAUGCAACAGCGAUAUUUCUGCGUUCGUAGUAGUGUAAUACAGACAGAAACGAAUCAAUAUAACAGAAAUAAACCAAUAAACAGGUUAACAUUGAGUAAAACAUUCAUUUCCACAUAGUUGGUUGUAAGUAAUUUUAGAAAAGUAUUCGUGUAUUCAAUUUUUUAGUGGAUGAUAAUGGAAUGGUGCACCCGCCUGCGCUGUCGGUUUAUACUUGCGGGGCACCAGUGGAGGAUGAUAAGAUGAGCAUGAGUUAUUCCAGUUAGUCCAUCGUGACAGAUUCACUAGGAUUUAUCAGAUGGUUUCUAGAAGGAACCGCAUGGAGGUCAACCUGACCAUGUACCAUACAUUGCUAGUAAUGGGGUCAUCAGU